AUGCUUGAUUCGGUUCUGCUCGCGCUUUUCUUGCCCUGCCUUGGCAUGAGCGCGGUUUUCGUUGUCUACAUGUGCCUUCUUUGGUAUGCCACCUCGCGACACCAACCACCCAGCGAUGGGCUUCCGGUGAAGCCGGUCAUUGACAAGGGUCUCUCCGCUUUGGAGUUGGAGAAGCUUCCGAAAAUCACCGGCAAAGAACUGGUCUUGGGCACUGAAUGCGCCGUCUGCCUGGACGAGAUCGAGGGUGAGCAACCGGCCAGACUGGUUCCCGGUUGCAACCAUGGCUUCCAUGUCCAUUGCGCCGACACCUGGCUCUCCAAGCACCCUCUUUGCCCCGUUUGUAGGUCCAAACUCGACCCCCUGAUUUUCAUUUCCCAUAGCCCCUGCUGA